AUGUCGAUAGACCUGCGGCACGAGCCGCGAGACAGCAUCUCCUCCCUCUGCUACGCCCCCAACCACGGAAAGAGCAUCCUGGCGGCCACAGCGUGGGACAAGACCCUGCGGAUCUACGACGUGGAUGCGAACGAACAGCUGCAGAAGUUCGAGUUCGAUAUGCCUCUCUUGGACGCGUGCUUCUUGGAUUCCGCAAAAGUCGUCGUGGGCGGACUCGACAAACACGUGUCCCUGGUCGACCUGCAGUCGGAGAAAGUUGUCUCUCUCGGGUGUCACGCCGGCGCAGUCAAGCACUGCAGAUUUCACGCGCCAGCACAUCUCGUCUACACCGCCGGCUGGGACGGGGCCGUGAAGGCGUGGGAUCCGCGCAUGCACCAGACGACUCCGGUUGGCGAGGGUCGGCUACACGGCAAGGCGUUUGCAAUGGACAACGGCGACGCGUAUUUAGUCGUUGCAGAUUCAAAGAAGCGCACCUACAUUUACGACUUGCGUCAAGGCCCUCAAGGACUGGCCUCGCCAGACUACCGCGACCAAAUUCUGAAAUACCAAAUUCGGUGUCUUCGGUGCUUUCCGAACGGCACGGGUUUCGCGGCGGCGUCGAUUGAAGGCCGUGUGGCGUGGGAGUAUUUUGAUAUGAACCCCGAGGUCCAGUCCAAGAAAUAUGCGUUCAAGUGCCACCGACUGAAAGAGGGAGCGGGAGAAGUUGCUUGUCCCGUCAACGCCUUGUCCUUCCAUCCGCAGUAUGGCACGUUCGCCACGGGAGGGUCUGAUGGAGGCGUCUCCGUGUGGGACGGCCAAAGCAAAAAGCGACUCUGGCGUCUCCCUGCUUUCCCCACAAGUGUGGCAGCGUUGUCGUUCAACCCCAGCGGCAACCAGCUGGCGAUCGGCAUUUCGUAUCUCUACGAGAAGGGCCCUGUCCCCACAGCGCCUGCGCCUCAGAUUGUUGUUCGCCUGGUUAAAGAUGAAGACGUAAGACCCAAGGCACUGCAGGCAUAA